AUGCAGAUAUCGCGUAUACUGCAGAAUAUACCCAAGAAAAUAAAAUCUAAACCAAAGAAAUCGAGCUGGCUAGAGGAAUAUAAUCUAAUCAUAGGUUUAGAGAUACAUGCUCAGCUGAAUGCAUCUAUAAAGUUGUUCUCUAGUGAAGUUACAAACGAUUUUAGUAAACCAAACACAUCAGUUAGCUCGUUUGAUGCUUCAAUUCCUGGUACUUUACCUAUACUGAAUAAAGAACCUUAUUGGAAGGCAAUCAAAGCUUCUCUAGCGUUAGAUUGCGCCGUCAGUCCAACGUCAUCAUUUGAUAGGAAACACUACAGUUACUACGAUUUACCACAAGGUUAUCAGAUAACACAACAGUAUAAUCCACUAGCAAAGGAUGGCUUUAUUCAAUUUAAUGCAAAUCUAGAUGAUAACAUAACGAGAGAUUUUAAAGUACGCCUAUCACGUAUACAGCUAGAGCAAGACACGGGGAAGGCAUACUUCCACGAAUCUUCAAAGACACCACUCGUCGAUCUCAAUAGAUGUGGUGUUGCUUUGAUCGAAAUUGUCACAAAACCGGAUAUGACGAGCCCGAUUGAAGCUGUAUCAUUUGUCAAAAAGUUACGUAGUAUAUUGCGAUCAAUUGACGUGUGUAAUGGUAAUAUGGAAGAAGGUAAUUUACGUGCAGACGUUAAUGUAAAUGUACAGAAAAAGGAUAAUUUGGCUCUCAAAACUCCUCGCGUCGAGAUAAAAAACUUGAACUCACUGAAGAGUAUGACAGCGGCAAUUAAUUAUGAAUAUGAACGCCACGCGAGAGCUAUCCAAAAUGGUCGCCUGGAGGAUAUACAACAGGACACCCUCGGUUGGAACGUUACAGAUGGCCAAACCUUCAAGAUGAGAUCAAAAGAGGAUGCUAUCGACUACAGGUAUAUGCCUGAUCCAAACUUACGCCCUGUGUCAGUGACUGAGGUGAAGCUAGAUGAAGUUAGAUCAAAGAUAGAAAUACUCCCAGAUCAAAUAAGACAAAGGCUCAUCAGUCAAUAUGGAUUAUCAGCUCGUGAUGUUAAUGUUUUGCUCACUGUCAAUGAGGAUCUAUCGGGAGAUGAGAGUAUCAUAAACUACUUUGAACGCUUAGCUCAAGUAUCGAAGCACCCACAGUUAGCCGUCAAUUGGGUUAUUCAUGAGCUCCUUGGUCAACUUUCACAGCGACAUAAGUCUUUUAAGGAGGACAUUAUCACAGUGGAACGUUUAAAUGAAUUAAUUUCACUCAUAGAGGCCAAUCAAGUGACAUCAACCGCGGCUAAGAAGGUAUUUAGUGAGAUGUUCGAUGAUACCGAGUCAUCUGCAUCGAAUAUACUCGACAGGCUUGACCUUAGAGUAUUAGAUGGCGAUAAAUUAGAAAAGGUCGUCAAUCAAGCUAUAGAAGAGUUGCCAGAUGAGUCCAACAAAGCUAGACAAGGGAAUGAGAAAGUUUUGAGACGUAUCAUCGGUCAAGUUAUGAAACUUGCUGGUGGUAAAGCAGAUGGAAGUGAAGUCGAACGGGCUUUGAGACAAAAGUUAUCAUUGUAA